AUGUAUAUAAAUACGUAUGUGUAAAUACAUAAAAGAACAGUGAUAUAUUAAUUUAGAAAGAAACCAUUUAGUAGUAUGCAAUAAACCACGCUGAGAACAUUCGCUUAUUGCGUGAAGAAGAUCCGAUUUAACUUCUUUAAGAUUGAACUUCACGGAUUCCUGCAUUUUGCCACUAUUUUAUUUUUCUAUAUCAUACGUCAUUCACUAGAACAAUAAGCAUUUAAUAUAACGUCUAUCCAGAAGGUAUCAUGAGUAGGUGUGCGUGCUCGUCACUUGUAUAUGUGAAUGCAGAAAAAUCAUAGAACCUCUUCUAUGAAUCACAAGAAUGAAAAUCUAUCGAACAGAGAAAAUCUAUCGAAUAGAGAAAAUAUUGUCCAAUGAUGCCUACAUAUCGUUUGAUUUCAUGGGGUGCAAAUUCCCAUGGUCAAUUAGGACAAGGUAUAUUAUCCGAUGAAUGUAUUUUACCUCAAAAUGUGGAUUUAUCUGAAUGUUCCUUGAGACUGGAAGUUAUAAGGAAAAUUGUUGGCGGUGCCGGACACACUCUGAUUUUAGAUGAAGAUGGUCAGAUAUAUUCUUGCGGAUUAAACGACAAGGGACAAACUGGAAUCGGAAAUAUCGAACAGAGAAACGUUUUAACGUUUCAGAAAAUAUACAGUCUUGAGCAUGAAAUGGUAAUUGAUGUAUGUUGCGGAUGGAAUAGUUCCGCAGCAUUAACAAGAGACGGCGAAUUAUAUGUAUGGGGCUCCAAUCGUUAUGGACAAUUGGGUUUGGAUCAUUCAGUUUUUUCUGCAAUAUCACAACCCCGCAAAAUGUUGAUCGGUGAAAGAAUCAGAUGUGUUUCGAUGGGUCUGCGACAUACCGUUAUCGUGACAGAAAAUUAUGAAGUCUAUGCUUGUGGAGCAAAUAAUAGAGGACAAUUGGGAUUGAUUAAUCCAAAAACUAUGAAGCCUUACAAUCUUCUAAAUAAAUUUACUAAAGUUUCAGGAUUGAUAAUGCAGGGAAGUAUAGAAGAUGUUGCUUGUGGUCAGUAUCAUACUGUUGUUUUAACAAAAGAUCAAAAAGACAUGUACAAUAUAUACGUUUUUGGUGAUAACAAGCAUGGACAAUUGGGAUUCUAUCCUGAAUCUUCAUUUUCAAAGACACGAUUAUGGCAACCUUUAUGUAUCCCACUUUCUGGUGCACAACUCGAUACAUCAAUUCAGAUUCAUGCUGGAUGGAGUCACAUAAAUAUCUUAAGUGAUGGCGUUGUUUUUUCAUGGGGAAGAAAUGAUUAUGGUCAAUUGGGCCAUUUGUUAACAAAUUCACAAAAUGCAAUUUUCAUAGAAAAGGAGCUUCAACAUAUUGAACGUAUUCCUAAAAUCGUUCAACUUUCAGUUGGAUCAGAACAUAAUGUUGCUUUGACUGAUAAUGGCGCGAUACUAUGUUGGGGUUGGAAUGAGCAUGGAAACUGUGGUAAUGGAAACACUGAAAACGUUUUAAAGCCAGAAUUUCUUUCAAUUUCACCCCAUUCUGUUGGUGUCCUUAUUGGUGCUGGCACAGGCCACUCAUUUGCUGUGAUAAAAGAUAUUACCUAGUCGCAAUAUUAAUAUAUUACAAAAAAAUUUAUUCUUUAAUAAUAUUACAAUUAUUAUUAUAAGCAUAAAUAAAAUAUUUUUGUAAAUAUGGGAACAUCAUACAAUAUAAGGCGAUGAUAAGAAA